CUGGAGCGCCGCAGGCUCCCCGCACUGCCAGGGAGGGCGGGAAGGGAAGGAGAGGGCUCCCCGUUCUCCGCCGCCUCCUGCAGAGGAAAGGGCAAGGCACAGUGCCCGGGCUCCCUCCCCUUCCUCCCGGCCGUGGGAGGGCCGAGCUGGCGCGUUGGUGCUUCGUGUUGAACGACUUCCUCGCAGGGAGGAGUCCCCAGCUCCCGAGACUGCCGCUGUUGAUUUCUAACCGCGGGAGGCGAAGCUGCUUUUCACCGAGGUUUCGAAUUAGAGCAGUUUCACAAACCUGAGCCCCCGGGGUUGGGCAUGAAGGACUUGUAGAUUGUGCCAAGACUGGACCUCAUCUGAGUUUCUUGUCUCUGUUAGUCAGCUCCCAGUUUCUGAGCACAGAAUAUCUGACAGUAUAUCCAAGGGGAGAGAAGCAUCUCGUGGUGCUGAGCAUAAGAAGUUCUGAGACUGGCUGAUUUCUCAGGAGCAAGAACCAACAUUUCAACGGCUGAUGGACUUGGAGCUCCUGACGAGGCUGCGCCAGGCCAACCAGGAGCUUCUACAAAGGCUGAGAACGAAGCAGGAGGAGAUCAGAAAAGGAUUUCCCUGCAAGCAGGUCUUGUCAGCCUCUCUUCACAGCAGUGCAGCUGCUGACAGAUGUGUCCCCUCGCCCAGCAGAGCGAAGGAAAAUCAGGUCGAUGCAGCAAAGUCUACAGCUGACCGUGGGAGAAUGGUGUUUGUGGAACCCAGAGCUGGCCUCAGUUCAUCUCUUGAACACUGCAUCAAUGACAGAGGGGUACAGCAACAACAGGCAAAGACACAGGAGGGAGCAGGUCCUGAUUCCAGCUUUCCUGGGAAAGAGGAGAAUGUUACACCAGCAUCUGCAAUCCUUACGUGUGGCAGAGAGGAUGGGGAUGGCCAUGCUCAAGGAAGUCCAGAGAAAGAAUCCUUCCUGAGUCAUGGAGAGGACAGGAAGCCUGCUGUGCUGCAGGGUUUCCAUGAGAAAAGUGACCUGGGGCCAUCACUGAGCAGAGUGCAAAAUAAAGAGAGCAGUGAGCAGCAUGUGGUCAUCAGAGAGCCCCAUACCCCUAAAUCAGUCUUGCUGACAUCCUGUUCCAAAGGGUUGAAGAAAGCUUGUCAUGUGGCUUUUCAGCCUGACCCUGAGGAAGAUGCCAUACCUGUCAGCAGCUGGUCUGCCCGUCCUUUCCUGGGCUAUGACUGGAUUGCAGGGCUCCUUGAUACAAAGUCUCCAGUAACAGAAAAAUCUGAGCAAUACUUUGCUGAGCUUCAGGAGUUCCGAGAGUCCAACAGAGAAACCUGCAUUCAUCAGCAGCACUUGGAGCCCGAGCCUCUGGAUUGCACAGGUCCUGAACAAGAACUGGAUUUGAUAACUCGUUCUCAUAAGUGUGUUUACUGUUACCGACUGAACCGGCGCCUCUUCACCAUCCCUGUGCAUUCACAGUCUGCCUGCCCUGUGUGCAAGAUCCCCCGCAGCCACCAGCCCCCAGGGACACUGGAAGAGCCAGCCUAUGUCAGGGUCGGCGUGCCCAGCUCUGCCCUUUUGCCCUCCUACAAGUGCAGAGCCCACCGCAGGAGGAGCUUUGAGCCCACGGACGAUCUGGCCCUGCAUUCGCACUGCCUGGCUGGCUGGGAAAGCUUGGUCCCUUCCAGCAACCCCCUGCUCAGCAGUUUGGACCUGCGAGCCUCACUGGAAAAGAAAUCUUCUCCCUAACCUGUCCUGGAGUUGGUGUCCAGAGUGUCAGGAGAAGCCAGAACUGCCUCACUCAGCUCACCUGAGGUCUGCAGAGCAAACAGGGACACCAGAGAGCAGCUCUCAGUCCAGAGCCCAUUCCCUCAACACUCUGGACCUUUGGCUGGAUUGCCUUGGGGAAGGGAUGGGCACAGCACGUGGGAACACUCAGAAACAAAGCAAUUUGGAUAAAAAUAAAUCUUUGGACAGAUUUUCCCCAGUUUUCAAUAGUCAUGUGUGUAGGUGAGCAACCAAUAUACAGAUCUGAGUUUGUACAGUCCAUUUUGUGUGUUCACUUUGCAUUUUUUGCCUUUUUUCAGCUACUUCUGAGCAGCUGCAUGAGCUGUCCCAGCUAGGGCUGAUAAAGUUGUGUCCAGGAUCAGCAGUGCAUCUGCCACCCCAGCUGAGUAAGCAGCAGUGCAGCAUUAGCUCUGAAUGCUGGGUGAGAAAUCAGCCUGGGAAGGGCCUGGCUUGUGGAGUGACACAAAUAUAUUUAUUUCUAAAUAUUUGAAACAUGACACACAAUUUUCUGGUGCCUUAAACUUGAGUUCCUCAGUAAUUUGGGAAAAAUGUAAAAAUCCAUUUUGUUCUCAGUGCAAUGUGUGUAGCUACAGAGUUUAUUACAUCAGAGUAACUUUGAAAGUGAAGGAACAUGGUAAA